GGCGUUGUCGGGUCAUUGCACAGCGGCAAAACAUCACUCGUUCAUCGCUAUUUGACCGGUGCUUAUACCAGUGAAGAGUCGCCAGAAGGUGGCCGCUUCAAGAAAGAAGUGGUUCUCGACGGUCAAAGUUAUUUGUUGUUAAUUCGUGACGAAGGCAGUGGUGUUCCUGAAUAUCAGUUCGCUCAGUGGAUUGAUGCAGUAAUAUUUGUUUUUUCGUUGGAGAGUCAAGACAGCUUCGAGACCGUACUUCAUUACUAUAAUCAAAUGGCUAAAUAUCGCAAUUUAAGCGAUGUCCCAGUGUUGUUAGUUGGAACACAGGUAAGAUUCGUUGCAUUUUUUGAAGUUUUUGUGUCGUUGUUGAUAUAUAUGUAUGCGAGACAUAAAACCACCCUAGGAACUGUUCUUUUCUCUGAUUUACUGUAA